AAGGCACGGAGUGGGAGCGUGUCAGUCCUCCUAAAUAGAUGCUGUGAUGGACGAAGUUUCAUCGAACGACCAGGGAAGUGGAGAAAGCAGAGGGACAAUAAUUUGUGCCAGUUGCCUCAAUGCAAUUGACGAGGAUGAAUUUGUACAAGCUCUAAAUCAAGAAUGGCAUAUUGAUUGUUUUCGAUGUUCAGCGUGCGAUAUUGGUCUCUCUUCGUGGUAUUUUGAGAAGGAUGGCUUGCUUUUUUGCAAGGAUGAUUACUGGGCUGCUUAUGGGGAAGCCUGCCAAGGUUGCGGCCAAAACAUCACAGGCCCUGUUAUGCUGGCAGGAGAUCACAAAUUUCAUCCAGAAUGUUUUGCCUGCAAUUCUUGUGGAGCUUUUAUUGGUGAUGGAGAGAGUUAUGCCCUUGUUGAAAGGUCUAAGCUUUAUUGUGGAUGCUGUUACAAGAGGCAAAUGCAACCAAUCAAUAGAACAGCGAAUUGUCCAUUUGCCAGAAAACCACAUAGUAUCAGACUGGUGGAAAUACCUCCAAACAGUGCUGAUCCUGAGAAACAGAGAGGAAUUAAACUGACAUUAGACACAACUCCUAGUCCUCGAAAUUGUGGAGCUUUGCUUCGUAUAUCUGAGUUAAUGAGAAAUGUUCAUGGAAAGAUCAGUAAGCUGCUGGCCUCUGUGAUGGAGGUUCUUUUUAGACUAUGCUGCCACUUCUCUAAUCAUAGACUGAAUGUGUCCAAUGAUCUCAUAUCUUUGCACAUUGGUGAUCGAAUACUUGAAGUGAAUGGUACACCUGUCAAGGAUCAGCCCAUAGAAAGCUUAGAAAACCUUAUACAAUAUUCGGAUACUGUUCUACAGUUGACCAUCGAACAUGAUCCGGAUGCAGUGUCGCGGCAACCAACCUAUUCUUCACCGUCCGCGGCAAUGUUGACGUCGAUUGGAAGUCCAAGAACCAGUCCAGACAAUAAGGAACGAUUAUUCAAACGACGAGAUGAAGGUUAUAUUAGCGGAACACGAAGUAGACAACUAAGAAGAACGCGAGAUCCAAUGCAUAAGGAACGCAGUAGUUCUAUGUCGCGACUGCUUGACGGAUCGUCAACGAAUCCUACGUGUGACUUGAGCAGGACAAGGUCUUUUCGAGUGGAACCGAAGAAUCAGAGGAUAUUUCGUGCCAGUGAUCUAGUGAAAGGUGAACUUUUAGGUACGGGAUUCUUUGGGCAAGUGUUCAAGGUAACACACAGAGAUACCAACGAAGUUAUGGUGCUAAAAGAAUUGUACAGAGUGGACGAAGAAGCUCAGAAAAACUUUUUGAAGGAGGUAGCCGUGUUGCGUUCCUUACAUCACAAUAACGUUCUACGAUUCAUCGGAGUUCUUUACAAAGACAAGAAGCUUCAUUUGGUCACGGAGUAUAUAGCUGGCGGAACUUUGAGAGCUCUACUUCACGAUACGAACGAAAUCUUGCCAUGGGAACAGCGAACAUCCUUUGCUAGAGAUAUUGCCGGUGGUAUGGCUUACCUGCAUUCCAUGAAUAUCAUUCACCGAGACUUGAAUUCACACAAUUGCCUCGUGCGCGAGGAUAAGACUGUAGUCGUUGCAGAUUUUGGUUUAGCUAGAAUAAUACAGAACGGUAAUUCCCCUGAUAAUCGUAAGUACAACAGACAUUCCGACGGAGAAACGAGAACGUCUAAGAAGGAAAGGAAGAAAAGGUACACAGUAGUGGGAAAUCCGUAUUGGAUGGCACCUGAAAUGAUGAAAGGUAACAAAUACGACGAGAAGGUUGAUAUAUUCAGCUUCGGCAUUGUCGUCUGCGAAAUCAUUGGACGGGUUCAAGCUGACCCUGAUUACUUACCACGGUCAUCAGACUUUGGUCUGAAUCAGAAUGUUUUUAAAGAAAAAUUCUGUUGCAAUUGUCCUGAAACGUUCUACCGGAUAGCGUUCCUUUGUUGCGACUUGAACCCUGACAAAAGACCACCCUUUGAAUUGAUGCAGGUUUGGCUCGAAGGAUUAGCAAUGCAUUUAUCCGUGGGCGCUGAAUUGCCGUCCGAUUUGGAGUUUGAUGUCAGGAACUAUACAGGGUCUAGCACAAGUGCCAGCGAAUCGACGACCCCGGACACACUUAUGCCGCAAUUGAAACCUAUUAAAGAGGGUCAAGUGCAUCAGGAAAAGAAACGGUGCAGCGGCUGUGACGAUAGCACUCUCGAACGCGAGGAAUCUGUCCAGAUCGGUAAUACGCUUCAAGUGCCAGAUGUGAUUAGUCCGAAAGGAAGAUACACGAGGCAGAAUAGUAAAUCGAACGAUUCGCCUGGAAACAUGGGUCGAUAUGCGAGGCAGAAUUCCAGGUCGAAAGAAACUAGUGAAAAGCCUGAAAUAGUUAUUUUUCCUGAAACUAGUGGGUUCACGGGAUGUUUUGCCAGGCCAAAAUCGAUCGAAUCAUCGUCCCGUCUUCCCAAUGAUAAACAAGACAGUUGCACCAAGCAAUAUGAUCAAACAGAAUGUAAUCUGAAACGAAUACCCACCAUUGAGAAAAUCAGAUAUGUGGGUAGAGCUAGUCCGUGCUCCUUUUUAGACACUCCAGAAUAUAUUAUUGACAACAAAUGCUCGUAUAAAGUCAAUAAUAAUUUCAGCCCAAAGCCGGAAAAGUCCAACGAUUAUCAUUCAGCGAGCCAUUCCCGAACGAAACUGGAGAGUAAAUUCAAAAUACCCGACGCGAAUUAUGUUAGCUCCUAUUUAAGGCAAAUUGGUAAAUCUAUAAAUGUUACAGACAAAGAGAAUAAAGCCGAUGUUCAAAGCGAUAGUGACAUUAAAAUAGUUAAAAACGACAACUCGAAAUCAGUAGGUUCUUAUUUGAGAAGAACAAAGAUUUCACCCACAAAAGAGACGCCAAAGAAUGCAUUUUCUUCCGAAAAUAAUAAUCAAUUCGAAGCUGGUACUUCGUUGCAAUCAAAAGUAACUGUAAGCUCAGGGGAAAUUAACGAGAAUGAACCUUCGAACGACAGGAUUACCAGACAAGACAGUAGUGUUUCGGACAUCGGUAGUAUUUUGUCCAGACAAGGAAGUCUCACAGUAUUAGACUGUUCGGCGAAAUACAAUGACAAAGUUUACAAAGUGUAUUCACCAUUCAAUACCUUGCAGAAGGAUGAUCUCCGUAAGGAUGACAGUUUCAGAAAAAAUACUGCUCUUCAUUACGCCGAUAGUCUUUACUCGAAUUCAAGCAUCUCCAAAAACGAUGAUUUCCUUAUGUACAACACACAAGACGAGACUAGUAUUGGGAAAAAGAUAGACUAUAUCACAUCCAUCCAAGAUUCCACCAAACUGGAGUCUGAUUCUAAGAAGUCAAUGCACGAUAACAAGUUGUCUCACUCUUUGACAGAGUAUAGUGGAUGCUACAAAAACGUGGAUCUGUGCAGACAAGACAGCUUUGGCUCCGAUAGCGCGGUGGGCACCAUGAGAAGUGACUUUUUUGCGGAUUUAGACUUCAGUCAGUUGAGGGAUGAUAGACAUACCCCGGAAUUGUGCCAUACUCCUGAGAGAUGUUGCACACCUAACCGGCCAGCGUCGCCGAUCGAAAGCACGGCCUUGUGAGAUUUCUCAAUCGAUUAAGCACCAGAGUAACACACUAUGUUUAUAACAAAACGAAUCUCACCUUACUAAUUUGAUCUCUGUAAGCGAGUAGUUUUAACUCGUUUAGAUUUUAAUUUUCGUAACCACGAGACCGUAUGGGUUGUUCGAGUGUUAGCUUCUCCUCAAAAAUAUUAAUAGUAUUAUUGUAUGUAGCAGUAUGCAGGAAAAGUAUUAUUAACAAUUUGAUAUUCAGUAUUAGUGAAUCUCUUUAUUAUUGGUUUCUAUUGUCUUCAAAGUAUUUUGGAUACUAACUAAGCCGCAAUGGUGCAUUCCGGCAGAAUCUUGCCUGGUGGUAUUUAUAACCGCGAUUAAUGAUAAGACUAACGAAAGCAUUCCAUCCAGAAUUCUAUCUGAUGCAUUCGAAA